AUGGCGGUACGCAGUACAGCGGAGGAGAUGGACAGGCUCCAGCUUUCCGAUGAUGAUUCCGAUGACCUCUGGAAUUCACCCUCAAAAAGGCGAAGCAACAAGCCAACUCACCGUAAAGUCCCAGAGGAGCGCAGCACUACACCCGAGACCAGGCCCUCCCACCAUGGGGAAACGCUUUUCGAUCGCCAGGAAGCGCGGGAAGCCGCGUUGCAACACGAAUUACAGACGGUCCGGAAUAUCAACCAGGUGAUCGAAGGAUUAUUGGGUAGUUUAGACCGUGCGAAAGGGAAUAUGGAUACUGUUGCGCGCACCGUUGACUCUGCUUCAACUCUACUCAACACGUGGACUCGUAUUCUAUCUCAAACCGAGCAUAACCAGCGACUGAUACUCAAUCCCAACUGGCAAGGCGCACUCCAGGAUGUUGCGGAUAUGGAAAACGAGGAGCUUCUGCGCCAACAGGCCGCAGAAAGACGCGAACGAGAGCUACAGCAGCAGAGAGAAGCAGCAGCACGAAAGGCAGAGGAGGAAGAGAAGAAGAGAGCUCUGACCGGUAGCGCUAGAGGGACGCGUGGAACAACUACCAGAGGUAGAGUUGUCCGAAGCACUGGCCUGGGAAGAACUCCGAGCGUAUCCUACUCCGGAACCAGCUCAAGCACAGCAAGAUCUGCAGCGAGCCGAGGCGGUACUUCUACGACGACAUCUACGCGCAGGCCAGUGAGUGGUAUUGCAAGAGGAACGGGCGUCGCGCGAGGACGCGGAAGAGCAUAG